AAUGCGUCAUACAGACAGCACAGACCAAUCAAGUAUAGUAGUGAUGAGUGUGUAAGGUUGUGGACACAACACCAUAAGUCACAGCUUAUUUAUUGGGUGAACUAAUGAAGAAGGACCUCAAACAACCGUAUCUAUCGGAAAGAUCGUAACCAGCUAAAAUCAAAGAUGGCUGCCAGUAUCACAGUCCAUUCAGUGCUUGAUAAGAUCAGUAAGGAUCAUCUAGAAUGUCCAAUAUGCACCAAUCGCUUCAUCAAUCCAACAAUGCUAGACUGUCUACACAGCUUCUGCUGCACAUGCCUCAAGGUGCUUCACCAAAAAGAUCCUAACAGCUCCAUCCUACUGUGUCCUCUGUGCAGAAAGAAAACAACACUAGAAGACAACAAGGUUGACAGUCUACCUAAGGACUUUAAACUCAAUGCCCUGGUGGAUGAGUUUACUGUUCAGGAGCAACUCAUGGAGGGUCAUGGGUCACAGAUCAAAUGUCAAGUCUGUAAAAGAGAUCAUACAGCUAUUUCAAGAUGUUUUGACUGUGACAAAUUUAUUUGUCAAGAAUGUCAACAAGUACAUGAAUAUUUUGUGACAUUGGAAUCACAUAAAAUCUACUCACUUGCUCAACUGCAAUCAGGUGUAGUAACCUACCGCAGUAAAAUCAGGAAAUACAUUCCAAAGUGUGGCAAGCACAGUGAUCAGACUCCGAACAUCUACUGCAACACAUGCCAGAAGUUAGAAUGCACAACUUGUACCAUUCUUGAUCAUGCAAACCAAACACCAGACUUCACCGGAAUACCUGAGGCUUUAGACAAAUGCAAACAGGAAGUUGCAGAGCUGGUUGCAAAAGCUGAGAAAUGCAAGGCUGAUAUUGAAACUGCCAUGGAACAAGCUAGUAAGUCUCGCAAGAAACUGGAAUCUUCAUAUGCUGAAACCAAUAUGAAAAUCUCCCAGAAGGCUGCCAAGGAGAGAGCAAGGAUCACUGAAGAGGAACAGCAGCUGAAGCAUGAGGCAAAGAGUGUUUACAAAGACAGAGUCCAGACAUUUGAAACUGCAGAGGCAACCAACACAAAAGAAGUGACCCAGGUAGAGCACAAGCUGGAUGAAGUGAAUCAGUUCAUGACCCAAGCAAGCUCUCAUGAGAUUAUGGAUUUCAAGCUGAAACUUAUAAACAAUCUUGAUGAACUAACUAAGAUACAAGGCGAGAUCGUGUCUGACAGGCUUUCCUUUCUUGAGUUCGAAGAAGGUGAAAGGUCAGUGGGAAGACUGGUGCUGGAAGAUGAGCAACAAGCUAAUACAAAACAGAAGUGGAAACUGCAUGAAGGUUUCAGCAAAUUUGGCCUCACAAACUUAAAAAAUGCAAGGUCUGUUGCAGCUUUCUCCAACAAUGAAAUAGUAGUAUUAGAUACACGACACAAAGCGCUGUUUGUAUUAAAACCUCAAUUAGCAGCAAACAAAUCACAGUCUACUCACUGCCCACAAAGAUUAGAAGUCAAAGGUCUUACUAACCCAACAGCACUCACUGUAAACAAUAAUGAUCACCUGUAUGUGAUUGAUAAUCUAGAUGUCAAGGUCUUUAACAGGAAAUAUAUGCCCCAUCAUCAGUUCAAACUGAGAAACUCUUUCGCAUCUUGCCUUGCAGUGGAUGAAAACAAUCUCAUGGCAGUGGGUCAUUCUGAAGGGCGGAAGAUCUCACUCUACAACCCUGAUGGAUCACUCAGCAGAACAUUCUCUACUCCAGUAAAUGUAGACUAUUUGACUUUAUACAAGGAGCGCAUUAUCUACAGCAGUAAAUAUGAUAAUCAUUUACACUCGGUUGAUUAUCAGGGUGGAAAGGUGUUCCGAAUAGAUAUUGAUCAGUCUGAAUAUUCCUAUGGUGUGUGCUGUGAUAGAAACGGUAGCAUAUUUGUUGUUCAAAGGCCUAGGAGCUGGUUUUGGUACGGUAGAAUAUGUCAGUACAGUCCUGACGGCAAGUACAUUUGA